AUGGUUUCCUUCUCAUGCGAAAACUGCGGUGACGUGCUCACCAAGAAGAAGCUGGAUCCGCACAGAAACCAGUGCUAUGGCGCAUCCUACACCUGCCUCGACUGCAUGGUCCAUUUCCCGGGCACCAGCUACAGAACCCAUACGGCCUGCAUAACGGAAGACCAAAAGUACCAGGGCAAGCUGUACAAAGAGAAGAAACCCAAGGGCCAGCAGCAAAAGAACAACUCGCAGGCUCUGACCCCUCACAACGCCUACGUCCAAGAUGCUGCUGAAGAGGACAACGCUGUUGCGCUCGUCGAUGCGCCCCCUCGCGCGCCCACCCCGCCGCCUGCUGCCCACUCGCUUGGCUAUCAUCAGCAAGCUGCCCUGCCGCCGGUGAACGUUUUCGACUUCCUCGACAACUCAGCGACCCCAAGUGCCCCCCGGACAGAGUCUCGCAUGAUCGAAGAUAGCGCACCGCCAGCAUACGCAGAGACACCCAAGUCUGCGACUGCAGACGUCAUGUCUUUUCAGAUCCCAGACGAUGCAUCAUUCAUUCAGACUGGCGAUGCGUAUGGCAAAGAGCCGGUUCGUCCGUCAAGUGAGCGAUUCGAUUCAUACACUACGCCCGCGCCCAAGUCAAAGAAGUCGAAGAAAGACAAGGAUGGUGAGACCACCACCAAGAAGAGUGAACGCAAGCGAAAACGCUCCCCAGCGGAACUUGACCUGUCAGCUGCACGAGCUCGGGACAGGGAUACCAUGAUGGAGGAUGCGCCUCCCGUGCUUCACUCUGGUCUUACUGGCGGACUCAACAGGCUGCUUGCGCGACCAGAGUUCCCACCCUCACCCGAUGACUCUGGGGACUUUGCAAACUCACCAUUGAGCCCCAUGAAGCGCGCCAAACAGGGCACGUCGAAAGCGCUGGAGCGUGCUCAGCGAGAGUGGGAGAACCAGGAGCAAAGGGGCAAGAAGGCGGAUGCUAAGGCAGAGAAGGAACGUCAAAAGAGCGAGAAAAAGGAAAAGAAAGACAAAGACAGGGGACGUGAGAAGGAACGCAAGGAACGCAAAGUAAGCACGGCACUGGUCAAGAUCAGGCCAAAGAAGAAUAAAGAUGCGUCGCCUCAGGUCAGACGUCGCCGUCAGUAUUCUUCGUCAGUGUCGCCUGCGCCGAGAGACCGGAAGCCCAAGGCUAUCGAGUACAGCUCAGGCUCACCGACCCCUGAUGGAAACGGUCAGCUUGUGGUACGCGCUGAAGCCGGUGAGCUUGCUCUUCCCGUCAGCACGCGCGCUGAGUUGUUCAUGUCUUUCAUCAGUAAAGGCCCUGAUUCCGAGCGAGGCGUUAGCGUCAACAAGGCUUUGAAGAAGUAUCAUCGCGAGCGUCACGAGCGUCGAGAAGACCAGCUGCACAAAGUAGACGAGGAGAAAGAGCUCUGGAAAGACAUGCGCCUCAAACGCAAUGACAGAGGCGAAAUCGUCCUCUUCUUUGCUUCCGAGUCGUCCUGA